UUUUAACAACUUAAAACCUAGUACAUGUUUGUAGCUAAAAUAAUUAAUAUACUUCGAAGUUAUCAUAUAGAAAUAUUUCGCGAAUGUUUUGGCGUUCUUAACAAAAUCAACAUUGGUGACAAAAGCGUUUUCAAAAUCUAUCAAAAGCAAGCUAUAGUAUAUUGUACCUGAUAAUAAGUAUAAUGCAUACUUGUAAAGAAUGUAGUAAAGAGUUUACCUUUCAAAGAAAUUUAUCUCGGCAUUUGAAGAAUAAACACAAUAUAAGUAGUGUGUCUAAACGAGCAGUAAAUGGCAAAGAAGCUAAACACACUUGUCCAGUAUGUCAUUUGAUGUUUGUUGAAAGAAGCUCGUUAAGACGGCAUGAAAGGAAAAAACACGAUAAAAAUAUCACCAAGUCACUGACAAAAGAAAAGUCUGAAAAAUUUGUUAAUUUUGAACAAAGUAACUUGGAAGAUUAUCCAAUAUUAAAGAACUUAAUUCCCAGUAAAUUUGUAUACAGAAUUAAUCAAGUUAAAAAUAUAGAUAAUACCAGUUUUCAAUCAAAAUUUGAAAUAGCAGAUUGUACAGAAGAUAAGUUUUACGUGUGGUUAUCAGAAUUAGAGAAGAAGUCUGGAGUGACGUACAGAGUUAAAUCAUUUACGAAAUCAAUUAGUCUGCAAAUUGUGUUUAAUAAAGUCUACAGGUGUGUUCAUAAUACAUUCCCCAGCAAACAUUGUAUACCUCAUCCAAAGCACACGGGAUGCCAAGCGACAUUGACAGUGAGAAUAAAAAAAUGCAACGAAAUCUUGUCUGUGAAAAGUUCUAUAACAGAAAACAAUAAUAUGAUAUUACUUAAAGCGAUUAUAACUUUAAAUCAUUGUCAUAAUCAUUCAUUGGCACCACAAAAUUCCAAUAACAUUAUUUCACAAAGUCUAAAAUUUUAUAAUAGAAGUUUAAAUACAAUACAUUCUAAACAGGCUCUUUGCCAAAACCUGACUUUUGACAAUAGUAAACUAUUGGUGGAAGAAAACAACGAUUCAAUCGAAAACAUUAUCAUAAAUGACUAUGAAAGUUGUGCUAACACAUUACAUGACAAUAAACAGUCUGAAAUCGAUGAAUCUGAUGAAUAUGAUGAUUAUAUUUUAGUUGAAAACGUAGAUUUUCAGAAUUCAACUAACUAUGAAAAAAAUGAAAUUAAUCAGUUGCUAUCCGAUUAUGAUUCAAUGUACAAAAAUAUGUCUAAACAAUUUGAAUCGAAUCCAGAAUAUUUUAAAAUGGCAAUAAAAUCAUUUAAUUCAGCGAUGAAAAAAAAUAUCAAGUCUAAAGAAACUCUAUUAGAAACAUUGCACGUAUUCGGGAAAAACUCAAAUCAUUUUACAUAAGUUGUCCUGAUAAACUUCACACUUUAAUUCAAAAGUCUGAAAUAAUUGCUUGUCUCAAAACACAAAGUUAUUCAAUAUGUAUUAAAUCAAGAUGAACGGGAAAAAAACAAACCAAAAUAUACAUACAUGUAUGUACUCAUAUUUGGAACAUAAAGUAAACUUAUUCUUUUAUUAGUAAUAUACAUAUUAGAAGUGGGCCAGUAACACUUUUUACUGAUAUCCACCAUUCUGCAUUAUGCUAAAAAUAUGUUGUAUUAAAAAACCAAACAUUUUUUGUAAAACCCAUAAAAACUUAUAUUAAAAUAAAAGUGACAGGUAGAAGGAGGAAGGGAGGGGUUAAGAACAUCAUCAUGCUUUUUUAUUUCUAGCUUAAGCUAAAUCUCGAAACAUUUUUCAUUUUUAUCAUAAGUAGUAUUUGUUUUAAUAAUCUUAAUAGUCUUGGAAAUAUACGUACAAAUUGUUGAUAAUAUUUUAAUUUUUAACAUUCAUCAAAUAAAAAAAAAAACUUAAUGA